ACCUUGGAAGAUCUUAUAUCUUGCUUCAAACAUGCAAUCAUUUUCACUAGUAUAUAUGAGAAAUCAUUUACAUAUUACAUGUUUUACUAGGCUUGUUUGGACAUACCGUCCCCGCCUAAGAUCAAGUUGGUGGGAAACUAACAGAUUUGGUGAAAAAAGGAAAGAAAGAGACAUGUUUUUGUCAUGCUUACUACCUUUAUCCGUUGAUAAAUAUCCUCAACCGCAGACCCAAAAAGAUAUAUAUUAUUGUUUCCUUCUUAUAAAAGAGAUAUAAACACACCAAACAUUUUCAGAUUUAAGCUUUUCUUCUUACUUCUUAGAGGGGGCAAUAUAAUUGAUUCUUGUUUUUGUAAGCCAACCAUCAUGAUCAGUUUCCAAAAAGAAUGGAUGCUUACACUUGUAUCGUCGUGAUCUUCUGCAUCGCCUUGUUUGCUAUCAAUCUAGUGUUUGCUUGUUUCACUUGCUUCUCCAUUCUUCAUAGCUGCGUGACAGAUGCAAACAAGGAUUUGAGUGACCUAAAGAAGUAUCUUAUUGAACGGGAAGAAGGUAAACCAGAUGAUGAGAAGGUAAUAAUCAUUGCAGUCCCGAGUAACAAAGGAUUCUCUGACUCCGUAGAUGGUGAUGAUUGUGGUGGCCAAGAUUGCUCCCAGGGUAUUUGUACUUGUUGAAGAAAGUUUGGUUUCUAUUUUCAUUACACAAUAUUUCAAUAAAUGUUUUGCAAUUUUUCUUUGAUCAUUCAUAUUUGUGAAUGGUUCAAUACCAAGGUUGAGAGACUCGAGAGUAGGAGCAUCACAUCCAUAGAAAAAUCCAGAAUAUUUUUCAUUCUUUCUUUGUGUAUGAGUGUAUCAUGAGAGAAAUAGUUUCAAACUAUGUAUGUAUUAUAGAUUUAUAGUCCAUAUAUACGUAUAAUUCACCAUGUUUAGAUACAGGCUCUGUAAUGAAAUUUGUUUUCUUGGUGUUGUAAUGAAAUUUGUUUGGAAUAUUGAA